AUCCAGCAAAACCGGAAGUGCAGAACAAAUCCGAGGUUGUAAAGUGCGUCACUGAGCGGAGGAGCUGCCGAGAAUAACCGAAACCGACAUCACUGUCUGCACUGAUUAUACAACUAUUUCACGUAGGAAGGCCAUACUGUCAAUUCAACAUGGUGAAGAUCGCGUUCAACUCCGCUUUGGCGCAUAAGGCGCUAGGGAAAGAAGUCCCGGCUUCAGAGACGGAUCCCGAGCUGGCUGGUGCUCGGUUGGGCAGCGAGAGCUCCACAGCGGGGUCUCUUCUCACUCUGCUGGGGAUAGCCUUCAUCCUCAGCGGGCUCAUCGUUGGAGGAGCAUGUCUCUACCGCUACUUCACCCCGAAACGGCUGUACCACGGAUCCAUGCAGUUCAGCGACGUGUCCGCCGGGGUGGCCGGCGAGAACCAGCCCUACUACCUGCCCCGCGUGGAGGAGGAGGUGGAGAUCUCCGACAACAUGGCCGUCAUCAGCGUGCCCCCUCCGCGCUUCCGGUCGGGCGAUCCCGCCUACAUCCUCCACGACUUCCACAGGAAGCUGACUGCGUACCUCGACCUGACUCUGAGGACCUGCUUCGUGAUCCCGCUGAACACGUCCGUGGUUCUUCCCCCCCAGGAUCUCAUGGACCUCUUCAUGCAGCUCAUGUCUGGCUCCUACCGUAGCUACCUGGUGCAGGAGGACCUGGUGGUGACAGAGCGCGUCGACGACAUCAAGCCCCUGGGCUUCUACAUCCGUCGGCUGUGUGACGGCAAGGAGACGUACCGCAUGCAGCCCCGCUCAGAGCUGCCAGGUGGCAGAAUCCAGAAGCGUUCUGAAGAGAAGUGCUUCACCAUCCACCACUUUGAGAACAAGUUUGUUACCGAGACCAGAAUCUGCAAGGCCUGAUGAGAGAGAGAGAGAGAGAGAGAGAGAGAGAGAGAGAGAGAGAGAGAGAGAGAGAGAGAGAGAGAGAGAGAGAGAGAGAGAGA